AUGCCUCCUAGGCGAUCAAUACCGCCCCCUUCGCCGGCGAGGAGUCUGAGAAAUAAUAGAGGGGACGAUGAAUGGGAUAAUGAGAGCAUCACAAGCACGUCCUUCAAAGUACCCAAUCCUCGCGGAAAGAAAGCUACUACCAGCGCAUCGAUAGGGUUGAAAGAUACGAGUGUCAACAUCGCCGCAGCAUUUCAUGCCGCCCAAACAGGUCAUUUACCUCCUCCUGAACAAUCCUUCCAAUCUCACACUUCCGCAUCCGCAUACAAACCUCCAUCGAACCGAUCCCAGCGAGCAGGGUCUCAGCGAGCCAAAUCACCCUCCGAAUCAUUACAAUCAGCUGCAAGAGCAUUAUCCCCCGUCAGAUUCUUUCUCAGGUCCACCGAAGAUGAGAAUGGGGACUUUGAUAAUUCCGGUGCAUACAAUUCGUUCUCAUCCCUUGGUGGUCCAGGUAACGGUUCAGGAGAGAGCUACAGCUAUGCCGAAGAAGAUGAUUAUGUCAAAAGGCUGCAAGCUCAAAAAGCCAAAGCGAAACCUCGAAUAUCGGAUGGGAACUCGAAGAAGAAAAGGGGCAAUAAAUCCUUCGCUGAAGAUUUACCUUAUCGACCUGCAGAGGACGAUGAGAUCUAUGGAUCUGAUUCGGGAGGUGAAGGAGAGGGAGUGGUCAGGACUGGUGCGUUAGAUGGAAGAGCUGGGACAAGAGGUAAAAGGGAAGAAAGAGGAGAAGGGUAUUUGGGCAUGGGUCUAGGUAUUCAACCUCGACAACGGAAGAAGGGAGUGAAGAGCUAUGCGGAAGGAAGUGACGAAGAUGAUUCUCAGUACCAGCAGAAUGGAGAGCCAGAACAGGAUCACCACUCUCAAAGAGCUGUAUCACCGUUUAUGGAAGUUCCCAAUGGGCAUGGAUCCACUUAUCGAGCGAGAUCACCUACACCUGUCGAACUUCUUCGAGCAUUUAGUCCGAGAUCACAACGUAAAUCCCCUGCACCCACCUUCCAUCCUCGUCGAAGAGUACCUGGAACAAUCCGAACUAUCAUCACGAAUAUCCUGCACGGUGUGGUAUUGGGAUUACAGUACAUCGUAGAAUCAGUGGUCAAUCUCCUCCAUUCAAUACUCAUCCGUCCGGCCGAACGAAUAUUCGGAUCCAGUCAAGGUAUCUUACGGCGCUUGAAACAAGAUUGGUGGAAGUACCUUGGUGCCAUGUUAGCUCUCAACCUAGUUCUCAGAGCUUUAGACGCGCCGUGGAGAAGCAAAGGUGUAUAUAGAGCUCCAGAUACUCCACCUAGUUCUAUCGAUGAAGUAGCCGCCAGGAUCACAUCCUUAGAGCAAGUCACAGCGGAUAUAUCAGAGAUGCUGAGGACCAUAAGUAACGGAGAAGCGGAGAAUAAACAGUUCACGCAUAACAUGCUUGGAAGAGUGGAUAAUUUGGAGAAUGCUUUGAUGGUAGAGAGUAAACGAGUGAGAACCAUGCGAAGCGAAGAAGAUGAAGCUGUGAAAGGCUUACAGAAUUCCUUUGAUGCCUUGAGGGCUGAAGUCAGAGGAUUGGGAGAUAGGGUAUCAAAGUCUGAUCAUAUUAUUGGGUCCACACAAGAUAAGGUCAACUCGUUAGGCGGAAUCGAUCGAGAAGUGCAAGAUCUAAAGACUAGAGUUGGAGCGGUGGAAAAGAAAGUCUCAGACGCAUUGGAUGAUGGAAGAUUACGAGCUGCCUUGGAGAAGAUCCUACCUGACAAAUUACCUAUCAAGAUCAACUCUCGAGGUACAGUGGAUAUCGACCCAAGAUUCUGGAGCGAGAUGAAGAAGGUUAUGAUAUCUCGUACGGAUACCGAGGCGAUGGUCAAGCGAGCUCUGUCAUUGUCAAGGGGUGGAGUCGAUAUGGAUGAAGGAAGAGUGAAAGCGUGGGCUGAAGAAGUCUUCAAAGGGAAAUCAACGGAAUAUCUAUCGAAAGACAUGUUCCAGGAUAUAUUACAUCACGAAUUACAAUCGCUUCGUUCGGAAAUAUCCUCCAUCUCUUCCUCUUCUUCAUCGACAUCCAAUAAAUCCAAAGCGUCGACUCCAGCAAGUGUUACGAUCAAAUCAUCUAAAGGGGAAGAUCUCACAUCAUUAUUCAACGAACUUAUCGAUGCUGCCUUGCUUCGGUAUUCGAAAGAUACGAUCGCUCGAACGGAUUAUGCGUUGUUCACUGCUGGAGCAAGGGUAAUACCUCAAUUAACUUCUGAUACCUUGGUUCUUUCGUCCGCAUCGAGAUUCGGCAAGUUCGUAUUGGGUUCGAAAGAUGUACAAGGUCGACCUCCCGCUACUGCCUUGCACCCUGAUAUAUCUGUAGGAAGCUGUUGGCCUUUCAAGGGUCCACAAGGCAGCUUGGGGGUCAUGUUGACUAGGAGAAUCAAAGUUACCGAUAUCACUUUGGAACAUGCCCCGAGGGAGUUGGCUCUGGAUAUGACUACUGCACCGAAGACUGUCAAAGUGAUGGGAGUAGUGGAUAAUGAGGAUGAUAAGAGGAAAUUACAAGAAUGGUGGAAUGAGAAGAACGGAUCCGAAUCUCCACCUGAUCAUCUACCACUCACGACGAUACAAUACGAUAUCAACUCGAUAUCCAACAUCCAGACUUUCCCCAUAUCCGAUGAGAUCCAAUCGUUGGGUAUCAAAAUUGGUAUAGUCAUUUUCAAAGUGGAAGAUAAUCACGGAGGUGAUUUCACUUGUUUAUAUAGAGUCAGAGUACAUGGUGAAGAGACGACUGAUGAUAAUAUGAUGGCACGAUGA